CCCAAAUUCAAACACACAUUAUCACAGGACGUCCCACCCGGACCCGUUCACCACCUCUUUCGCAAGUAACAACAUCUAGUUUGCUCUCUUUACCACGACAACCUACAGCUUCCGACCAGUGAUAUUUGGCAUCGAAGAAUACCACCGCCCAGAAGCGGGAAGCAUCCAGGACAGCGCAUCUGUCGAAUCCCAGAUCUCCGUUAAAUCCGAACCUCUCAUGUGAGGCCUAGGCGGCAUGGCGUCCUCGAGGGCUCUUCAUGAGACACCUGAAACAGCAGGGAGAACCACUCGCUCGGACGAAGAAAUUGAUAGGCACUGGGCCUCAGUUGUUACGCAAUAUCCAGUUUCCAAUGAACUCAAAUCGCUAGUUAGAGCAGACCUAAAGAAAGAAUGGCACUUCUUAAGAGUUGAUAAUUUUCGCCAGGAAACGAGGAUUAGAUGGGCGACAACCGACCGGUACAGAAUACGUCUUGACGAUAUGGUUGGAAACCUAGAUCCCGAAAAGCUCAGCUAUCUUUGCAACAAACCAACGGCGUUUUAUUGGUUGCAGUCCGCACAGCGGACGGAUGCCACCGGAGAAAAGAAUCAAACGCCAAAGAUCAUACUCGCGGCCAUUUACGAAGAAUGGCGUCGAUGCUACAACAACGAACCGAACAUCGAAUUUGGUCACUUCUUUGCGAACCCAGUUAGAAUUACCUCGACAGGCCCGUCGACAGUAGCUGGGAUUAUAAAGGCACACCGCUCUCUCUGCGUUCAAGCAUCUAGCCUCAUCAAUCAAGUUGAAGGCCGCGCCGACAAUGUUAUCGAACGCCAGCCUUCGAGCUCACAACAUUACUCCGUGCUUCCCCUUUAUCACGCUCUUGUCGUAAUUAUCGAUCGUUUGGAUUCGUUCUACCAUGAGGAAUGUCGCCGCGAAUCAGACGGCCUGAUUAGUCUCCGCAAGAUUGCACAGCACCAAACAGUCUUGAUCGCUCGCACUGGUGUGGAGGAAGGGCUGCAUGAAUCCAUUUCCUUCGAAAGUCUCAAAUCGCAUUCUCUGCCUUUGGACAGAUUCGAUGUUGUCACAAAAAGCAUUGACAUCGUCAGGGUGUCCCUUGCUACAGCUGUACAGUUUAUAACCGAUCUAGAAAAGGCAGAGGAUCGUAGGAGGUUAGUUACUGGCGAAGAAUCCCCUCUGGACGCUAGUAUUUGCCCAAUUUUUUAUCCAAAAGAAUUCGAAACUCUCGGGGAAAAGGCCAACCGUAACCCAGAAGCCUGGGCAGACGGCAUGAUUAAAGCUGCGGAAAAAUACGGAUACGACAACGAUUUCACAACAUGGGAGUCGAUUCGUCGGGUCCAAGCUGGCCUGGUUGGAGAAGUUUUUCGCGACUUUAGGCAUUUGCCGUUCGGGAAUUGCUGGAGAGAAGAGUAAUGGUAUUGCUCUACGCGUUUUGACCUUGCACAAGGUGAUUUGUUCUCUUUUUGGCCUGUGAACUCAGAUGUCUUCGUGUUAGAAUGGCACUUUGGCCACCCUUUUGAGACGCGCUAUUAUAUCAGCGAGUAAGAUAAAUAGGCCGCAUAUGGCAAACCUAAGGUAAUCAUUCAAAGCUGUCAAAA